AAAGUGAAACAAGGGACAACUUUGAAACAGCAGAGGACUAAUAGACCAAAGAAAGUGAAGUUUCAUAAUAAUGCACAAAGGGUCCCACCGCCGGCCAGUUCAUGUGCCCAUCAUACUUCCAGCUCCAUCAUGGAUCAGCUGGCCUGGAGAUAAAUAAUGAGCCUAUUUCUGCUAGUUAAUUAGCUUGUUCAUGAGCAUGGGCGAGGCAGAAGCCCACCAAUCCCAUCCCACCCGCCCUUUACUAUCGAAAACGACCCUUCAACUUCAAAACGACGACUUCAAUGAUGGUGGCUUCACUUUCCGGCUGGUUUUCAUUGCCUUCAUUGCUCUGCUCUCCAUUUGGGCAAACCAUGAAGCCACCAAGGGGUUCGCCGUUACCGUGGUCAACGAUGCCGGCGGCACCGCUGCCGGAAGACGCUUUUCUCUCUUCUACGAGUCCGAUGAUCGCGCAACCCGAUUAAUCCUCGACAGAAGCAAGUACUUGGAAGAUUUAUUGCCUUUUUGCCCAAAGAAGGGAAUCGAUCACGUCGUCCUCCGGCUAUCCCGCCGGAACAUGACAAGCCCGGUGGUGAUCGAGUCCGGCGAGCGCGGCGAAUUCGUGAUUCACAUAUGCCCUUCAAUUGUGGUCGGCCCAAACUUUGAGCUCGCAACGUUUUUAGCAGUGCAGCGUGGCAUGGCACAUAUAUGGCUAUGGGAUUGCCAUGGUAAUAACGCGGAGCAGACUAGAGCUAUAAAUGGGGUUGUUGAUUGCAUUGCUAGUUUUGAUGGAGCGCCGCCACACUCUGGUGGUGCUGAGCGGCCGGAUUACUCUGUCUCCGGUUGUUGGAUGGGUGGCAACUGCUGGUUAGGAUAUUCGAAGUUCGGUUUGUGAAAAUGUACGAUGUGAUACAUAAUUAGAAGGAGAACGUGAUAUUUGGGAACUUCACCUUCCAUCAAUUCCAAUUCUCGUGUUUGGUAUCACAAAAAUUGUGGAUUUGGAAUUAGUAGUGCAAAAAAUGAAUUGGAAUUGG